AUGAGUCUUGAAAGAGCAGUCACAAGACUAAAUUUGCAAAACACCCCUCUAUCCAAAUUAGUCAAUGUUACUUACAACCAGGAGAAUCUCAAAGAGGUAGUUGAGAAAAUACUAAUUACCCUGAGUGACCAUAUGGACUAAACAACCAGAGUGUUCUAAGAUAGAGCGGAGUAAAUUUACGAUUUGACUGCUGCCAGCAAAAAGCACUUGACGAGUAUUGUGGACAUGUAAAACUAAUAGCAGUUAGAAAUAUACAAUCUGAAGGAGGGCUAAUCUAGCAUGAAUGGUAGAAUAGACACUGUUAAAGAUGUGUUAGCAGACCUUACUUCUAGGUUAAAGUCUCUAGAGAGAAUUGGAGAUUAUUAGAAUUCUAAGCAGAAGAAUUAUGUAGAGGAAAUUAUGUCUAUUAUUGGAGAAAAGUUUCCUGCCAAAGAAGAUCUGGAUGUACUUGAAGAUAGGUUUGAAAAAUUCAGAGAUCAGACAGAAUUACGUAUGAGUUCAAUAGCCAAAAUAAAUCCCUAGCAAAUUGAAACUUAAUUGAGAGAGUUUCAAGCAAAAAUGAUUCCUAUAGAGGAGUAACUUAGAACUAAACUUGAUUGUGACAUAUUUGACGAGGAACUAGAUAAAAUCAAGCAGAUAGUCUUUUCAGGAUAACCUAACUAGAAUAAUUCAGGUGGAAUGAAGUCUUCAGAUAUUAUAGAGAUGCGGGAGUCAUUUAAAAAGAUUGAGAGCUGUGAGAUUGCUUGCAUCAAUCUACAGAAAAAGUUUGAGAGACUCAAGGAUAUGAGAGAUUUGGUUGAGAAGCUAGAUGAAAAGUGCUCACUGCUACCAGAAAAAAGUCAAAUAGAUGAUUUGCAAGUCUCUAAUGAUAGAAAUAAGCUAGAUAUAAAGGAAUUCGAAAUGCUUAUUAGAAAUCUAAACUUCAAUCAGAGCGAACAUAAUAGGAUCAUCAAUGAUUUAGUUCCCAAGCCAGGAGCCUUAGAUGAUGAAGAAAUUAACAAAAAGAUAAAAGAUACUACUUAGUAAUUUACCAAAAUGAAAGAGUCAUAUAAUUAGCAGCUGAAGUAGGUCUAAAGCAAUUUCGAAAGCAUUCACAACCAAGUCUAGAAGAAGCUAGAUGCUGAUUAGUUUGAGAUAUUCAAGGAAAAUCAAUUGACCUAGUUUAGAUAAGAUAUCAAUUAGACUCUAGGCGCUUUUGUUGAUAAAAUUUACAUUAAUAAUGUGGUGGAUAGACUGUAGAAAUCAAUAUCAAGCCUCUAUUAAGCUCUUAAUUUGAUGCAAACAACUAAUAAGGAUGAAGAUGAUGCUAUGUUUGCCAAGAAAGGAUACCAUUGCCUCAGCUGCGAUAAGAAUAUCAAUAAUCUUAAUGGCUCUGUAGUAGAUUACCAAGCCUGGUAAAAGCUACCAUUAAAGGAUUCUUAAGACAGAAUAGCCAGACUUGGCAAAGGAUUCUCAAAGAUCUUGAAUAGAAUCCAGACGGAUCACACUAUAGGUGCUAAGGUAAAAAAUGUUGGGAGUAUCACUGCUCAUAAUCACAGUUUGAGUUUAUUCGCUUCUGGCUUUGAUCAUGAUACUGAAAUGCAUGCCAAUAAUAUAGGCACUGAUGCCUCUAAACGAGAAGGAGAGAUGCUCUCAAACAUUGAUGAAAGCACUAGAGGAUUCCAGACCACUAGGAAUGAUACGGCUGGUGAUAAGUAAUCAUAGUUUUACUUGACUCAGCAAAAACUGAAAAACAUUACCAAGAUAAAGUAAAUAGGAGAGAGAAGUGCAUCUUAGAAGUUAUUCAAACAUAAAGCAUUACAUACAGGCUUCUCAAGUCUCCCAGCUUUACAAUGA